CGAUUGAGCGGCAGCGGAGCUCGUGCCUCGUGAUUCCUCCGAUUCCUCCGAUUCUCCGAUUCGAUUCUCAGCUGCUGCCCGCCGCGUCUGCCGUUUCGUUGUCCCGACGUUUAUCCGACGUGAAAAUUAACAAGAAAUAAACCCGAAAAGGAAUCCCAGUGAGCGAUUGCGGCAAGUGCAGUUCAUUUUUCAGUGCAAUUAAAAUAGAGAUUUCUCCGGAUCCGUCAAGCUGAACGGAUGCGGCUCGUAAUGCCAAAGUCAAGCGUCAAACUAAUGUAUUUCCCCUAGUGCCAGUGUUCCCGUCGCUGUCAUCGCCUGCGCCAAGAAUUUAUGGAAUUUGGCAUUUUGUGAAUUUAGCGAAAAUAUUUUCAUUGAGUGCCCCCAGCAAAUGUUUUGUGUGCUAUGUCGUCUCUCUUGGCCUGGCAAUAAAAUUCACAAAAAGCAACGCGAAAAUCUCAAAUAUUCACGUGCGAAUUCCCCCCGCUUAUAAUUUUAAUUACUAUUCAAAUUAACGGCACAAAACAAACGGAUAACGACCCCAUUAAAGCAUCAGUUUUAAUCAACCCCACAAUAUAAAAGAAAAGCCAUGUCAGAUUUGUGAAAUUGUUGAAUUUUUUACAUAUUCCAAAAGUGCACCACACAUGAUAAAUAUCUUGGGAAAUAUUCAGUAAAUCUUGCGGUAUUAAAAACCUGGAAAAUCUUUGUGGAUUACACGACUUUCAAUCGCAUGCGAUGCUUCAACGGAAACGCGGAUGAGAAGCAAAACUGGAGUUCCAACGCCGAAGGGAGUGACAUGGAAUGGCGUGGAGUGAUGUGGAGUAGCCGUGUAAAAUAGAAAACAAACGCAGUAGCAAUCAACAAUCAGCAGUUCACAAUCCACAAUCCACAAUGUGGAAAUGAUAAUUGCAAUUGCCUGGCGGAGCAAACAAAGCAAAAACCAGUGAAGACGAGGGGCGUAAGGAAAGGCCAAGAUAGAAAAUACUCACGAACGGGAAUUGCGAAUUCAAAGAAAAAUAAGUUUGUGAACAAAAGAAACGAAAUAGCAACAGAAAGAGAGAGAAGAAAAGAGCCAAAUAGGAGCUGUGGCGGAAAAAAAAGAAAAAAAAAAAACAACAAAAGUUGAAACAAAAAAGACGAAAAGCAAUUAAAGCUCUGGAUACAAACGCGAUGGUGUUUUACAAUAUGUAAAUAUAAUUAGCCGAGCGGAGUUUUCAUUCCUGGAAUUUCGCCAGCCAACAACAAGACACGCCACCACCGGGACAGCUUUGAGUCGUCGAGAGCAGAUCAGAAAAGAGCGGAGCAGAGCCGGUUUUAUAAUUACACCAAGUUAGCUUUUCUCUCUCCGUAUAGCUAUCAAUCUCUGUGUCUUGACGAGCUUAACGGAAGCUCCAGCCGGGCCCAGAGGCCUAGGCGCAGCUUAAAGACGAUUCCAACUCCGAUUCUGAUCGGAUUCCGAUAGCCAUUGCCAUCCUGACAAUUGGUGAUUCCAAAUUCCAAAUCAAUUUGACACUCGAAUCGUUAAAAAAAAAAACUGUGAUAACUCUGUGCGUGUACCGUGUGUACUGUGACUGUGAGUCGCUUGUAUUGGUUUGUUGUGUGUGACUCGACGCAGUUGCAAUUGCGGUUGCGACAAUGGCAGUGUCCUGUCCCGAAGUUAUGUACGGUGCCUACUAUCCAUAUUUGUAUGGGCGCGCUGGACCAAGUCGUUCAUUCUAUCAGUAUGAGAGGUUCAAUCAGGAUUUGUACUCCUCGUCGGGCGUUAAUUUGGCCGCCUCAUCGAGUGCCUCUGGCAGCUCCCACUCACCCUGCAGUCCCAUUCUGCCGCCCUCGGUGAGCGCCAAUGCAGCUGCAGCGGCGGUUGCGGCCGCGGCGCACAAUAGUGCGGCAGCGGCUGUUGCCGUGGCAGCGAAUCAGGCGGGCACCUCCGGAUUGCAGCUGGGCGGUGGAGUUGGUGGCUCUGGCGGUGGUUUGCUGGGUAGCAACGUGCCCGGUAGCAGUAGUGUUGGUAGCAUCGGACUUGGCAUGAGUCCGGGUCUGAGUGGUGCUGCCGGACACUCGUUGCACAGUCGGACGCACACGCAUUCGCAUCCACAUUCGCAUCCGCAUCCGCAUCCGCACCCGCAGACCCACACACACUCACACCCGCACACGCAUACGCAUACGCAUCAAACCAAAGAAGAGGAUCUCAACGUGCCACGCAGCGAAGCUGAAGCACGCUUGGUGGGCUCCCAACAGCACCAGCAUCACAACGAAUCAUCCUGCUCCUCCGGCCCGGACUCGCCGCGCCACGUGCACGCGCACAGCCACUCGCUGCACGGCGGCGGUGCGCCAGUGGGUGCAUCAUCGACGGGCGGGACGGCCACGGGCGCCAUACCCAAGGAUCUGCCGACCCUGGAUGCUCCACAGCCGGUCGGCGGCAAUAGCCAGGGGCAAGCUCAGUAUCUGUCGGCCACCUGCGUUGUAUUCACCAACUACUCGGGCGACACGGCCAGCGUGGUCGAUGAGCAUUUCUCCCGCGCCCUCAACUACAACAACAAGGACACUAAAGAAAGCCAGAGCCCCAUGUCGACUCGCAACUUCCCACCAUCGUUCUGGAACAGCAAUUACGUGCACCCCAUACCCGCGCCCACACAUCCUCAGGUGACCGACUUGUAUGGCUCGGCGACGGACACUGGCUAUGCCACAGAUCCAUGGGUGCCGCAUGCAGCGGCAGCCCACUACGGUUCCUAUGCCCAUGCGGCGCAUGCGCACGCAGCCCACGCACACGCCUACCACCACAAUAUGGCCCAAUACGGUAGCCUGCUCAGGCUGCCCCAACAGUACGCGAGCCACGGUUCAAGACUCCACCACGACCAGCCAACGGCCCAUGCCCUCGAGUACUCGAGCUAUCCCACAAUGGCAGGUCUGGAGGCUCAAGUGCAGGAAACGUCGAAGGAUCUUUAUUGGUUCUAGGUGGACCGCAGAAUCGCCAGCAAAUGUAUAAACUCCGAUGGAAAGAAACCAACUCUCAAGAGUCCUUAAGAUCGGGGGGGGAGGAUAGCCAGACUAUCACUUCUCGGCUUGUCGAAUCGCUUCUUAAGCAACCUGUGCAGUCUGUGUUUCUGUGUGAGCAAAACAAUACAACAGGUUAUCGAAAUUUAAUUUAAUUUAAUCUUACCAUAAUGUUUAACGUUUAAAUAUAAUUCGUACAUUUUACACACACACCCAAACACACAUACACCAACAAAUUGUAAACAAUUUUUCGCGCAUUAAGCAUAGGGUUUUCAGAGUAAUUUGGUUUUGUAAGUUUAGCAUCCCAUAUCAGCAAGUUAGAACAUACAUACAUAUAUAUAGAUACAUACAGUAUAUAAAUAUAUAAUGCAUAUACACUCUAUACAUACAUAAAUAAAUUUACAAAAUACAUAUACAUACAUACAUAUACAUAUACUAUAUAUACGGGUGCAUUGGCACUCGAAGCCUGCGUUGAUAACAUUUAAUAAUCGACAUUUCUUGUAUAGUUAACGCGAACUUUCAAAUACACUUAAAGCCACAAAACAAAGUUAGAGUUUAUUUUUGUUUAAAACUACAAUUUUUUGCAAAUUUCAACAAAUUAGGUU